GAUUAUCGAUUUUUUAUACAUCACUAACGAUUGUUGCCGCUUUGUGUGGUCCAUUGUAGACAACGGAGAGUUGUCAAAAAUUCAUUUGGUAUUCUGUUUUCUGUAGUGCUUGUGUUCGGUGCUUGUUUCUAUUUUUGUUUAUUAUUUGUAAUGCAUUUUAAUUUAAUAAAAUUACUCUAUUAUACAUUUUUUUGUAAUUUUUAAAUAUAUAAAAUAAAUAUUUGUGAUCUGUGUAAUUUUGUGUGCUAUUUAAAUGAGAGAAAUAUCUUUUUGAAUUUGCCUUUUAUAUCGCAUUCCAAAAAUUUUGUUGGCGGCUUCCAUAUAUACAAAAAAAUUAAAAGCAGACUAGCAUUUUCUCCAGUAUUUUAAUACAAUUUUCAGAAUAUUUUGAUAUGCUACGCACAUCGUUUCUACUGCACGCCGUGUGCGCUGCUCUGUUUUUUGGUUUUGGGUAUUCCGCAAUCGCUGGCGUCGGCGCACCAAGUACUUCACUGCAAACGGAUUUAGAAAGAAUUAACGGCACUGUUAAUUAUCGCAUAUACGGAAAGAACGGUAAGGAUGACAAACCCUGGGUUGUUGGGCGUAGUUUAGAUGUGCGUCACAUACAGUGCGUGCGGCGGGGACAUUGUGAACGUUUAACACAAAAGACGUGCUUUAAUGCUAAGAUACCGUAUGAGUACACCAGUUCCGAUCUCACUGAUUAUCAAUCACAAGAUCAAGUAUUAAAGCAUUUGGAAAGUUAUCGUGCAAUACGCAAUGUGCCCAAAUGCUGGAGUGUAAUACAGCCAUUUUUGUGUGCUGUAUUCUUUCCGAAAUGCGAGCAGAUCAACGGUAAAGAUAUGGUUUAUUUGCCUUCAUUAGAAAUGUGCCGCAUAACAUUGGAACCCUGUCGAAUACUAUACAAUACAACGUAUUUUCCAGAAUUUCUACGUUGUAACGAAACACUGUUUCCACCGAAAUGUAGCAAUGAUGUUCGUGAAAUGAAAUUCAACAUAACAGGACAGUGUCUAAGCCCACUCGUUUCGGCAGAUACCAGUGCUAGUUAUUAUCCGGGUAUAGAAGGAUGUGGUGUGCAAUGUAAGGAUCCUUUAUAUACUAAUGAUGAGCAUCAGGAAAUUCACAAACUUGUCGGUUGGGGAGGUACGCUUUGCUUCCUGGCCAAUUUAUUUGUAGUAGCAACAUUUCUAAUCGAUUGGGAAAAUGCUAAUAAAUAUCCGGCGUUAAUUGUAUUUUAUAUAAAUUUAUGUUUCCUCAUUGCAUCAUUCGGUUGGCUUGCACAAUUUACGCCAGGGUCACAUGAGGAUAUUGUCUGUCGUAAAGAUGGUACAUUACGUCAUUCUGAGCCAACCGCGGGUGAGAACCUCUCUUGUGUGGUUGUUUUCGUACUUAUUUAUUAUUUCUUGACCGCUGCUAUGGUCUGGUUUGUUUUCCUUACGUACACUUGGCAUUUGCGUGCUGUUGGUAAUGUACAAGAUCGCAUUGAUAAGAAGGGCUCCUACUUCCAUUUGGUGGCUUGGUCUAUGCCGUUAGUAUUAACCAUCACAACAAUGGCAUUGAGUGAAGUUGAUGGCAAUAGUAUUGUUGGUAUUUGUUUUGUGGGCUAUUUGAACCAUUCCAUACGUGCUGGCCUACUUCUAGGACCACUUUGUUGCGUUGUGCUUGUUGGCGGCUAUUUUGUAAUUAGAGGCAUGAUAAUGCUUUUUGGUUUAAAGCAUUUCGCCAACGACAUUCAGUCCACCUCUGCGAGUAACAAAAUUCAUUUAAUCAUUGUACGAAUGGGUCUUUGCGCAUUAUUUACGUUAAUAUUUAUAUUAGUAAUAUUAGCAUGCCAUAUAACUGAGUUCCGGCAUUCAAACGAUUGGGCUGAAAGUCUGAGAAAAUAUGUCAUUUGUCGCAUUUCUUCUGAUGAACACACGUUGUGUAAAAUCGAAAACAGACCAUCAGUAGCAGUGUUGCAAUUACAUUUACUUUGUCUAUUUGGUUCUGGCAUCGUUAUGUCCACAUGGUGCUGGACUUCAUCGUCUAUUGAAACAUGGAAACGCUAUAUAAAAAAAAGUUUCGGUAAGGAAGUUGUUGAAGAUGUAAAAAUGCCAAAGCAUAAAGUGAUUGCACAAACUUGGGCUAAACGUAAAGAAUUUGAGGAUAAAGGGAGGCUGUCUAUAACUCUAUAUAACACGCAUACGGAUCCAGUAGGCUUAAAUUUUGAUCUCAAUGAUCUUAAUUCAUCUGAAACCAAUGAAAUAAGUUCAACCUGGGCAAACUAUUUGCCGCAAUUCGUUAAACGACGUAUGGCCUUAACGGGUGCUGGCAUCGCAAACUCAUCAAGUCAAGGAGCCCGGAAGAAUUCCUUAGAUUCUGAAAUAAGCUUUAGUAUGCGGCAUGUUUCAGUAGAAUCGCGACGUAACUCAGAUUCACAGGUAUCCGUCAAAAUUGCAGAAAUGAAAACGAAAAUUGCUUCACGUUCGCGUAAUAGCCAUCAUCAGCACAACAAACAGGGAACAUCUACUAGUAAACGUUCUCAAAGAAGACGCGAUUUUAUAGCUUCAGCCAGUGGCCAUAAGUAUAGUGUACGAAGAGAAAGCAGCACUUCAAUUGAGUCACAAGUUAUUGCUUUAAAGAAAACUACGUUCCCCAACUCUAGUCACAAAGUUGGUCUUUUCACACACAGCACUAAAAAACAUAAUUCGAACAGUUCCUGUCAUAAAAAUAUGAAAAGACGUACAGCAAAUGCAGGUUUGAAUCCGGCUGACAUAAAUGAUUUCCUUGGAAAAAAUGGUCAGUUGAUUUUGCCAUUUCUUCAAAAUGCAGGAAUGACUACUUCUUCAGAUGGAGAAACUUCACGUUCUUCGUUUAAAGAUGCAAACAAGCACAAAGCAAUAGCAGUUAUCCCUAUGUUACGACAAAAUGAAGAUGAUAUGAAGAUAAUGGAUGUAUCAGAUCUUAACUUGCAUCUCCAGCGAAACUUGGAUCACGAAGGCGACUCACUAUCAUCAUACGGAUCGGAUGAACUAGAUAUACCUUUAAAUAUUAUACUUAAUAGCUCGUAUUCAAGUAUGUCACUAGGGAAACCAAAUUCACGUAACAGUAAAACCAGUUGCGAUGUUGGCAUUCAAGCCGACGCAUAUGAAAUUGCUACUCAGACGAUGAAGCAAUUAAACCGAAAAAGUGAUUAUAAGACAGAAGCAUGUGAAGCAAUUGAAAUGCAUUCCCUACUUAACAGUAACAGACAUAAAGAAGCAAUGAUAUUAAGUGAAUCUGAGAGGUUGAAAAUGUUACUUUUACCGUCAAAAUAGAUAUAUAUUAUCUAUAUUUGAAUUAAUUUUGAUGCCAUCAUUAAACAAGAGAAAAGCAAUUCUUCUCGCGCCAACAGAAUUCCUAAGUACGAUAGCAACUAAUGUUUUAUAUGUCUCUUGGUUGCCAAUAGAUAGUUUUGGGCAGAAACCUGUAACAACUGCAAACAUGCUGUACAUUACCUACAAAUGAACUAGGGCAAACGAAGGAUACUUCAAUAUUGAUUGUGCUGUUCUUCUACUACCUAUGGUUGAUUGCAAAUUCUAUUCAUGUAUCCCACCAUUAAAAGACUGCGAUAUAAUGAACACACUCUUAUUGCUUAUGCAAGACAAAUACUACAAAAAAAAAAGUCAAAUUGUUAACGUUUUACUCCCAAUAGGUCAGUAUAGUAUGAGCCACUAUAAUGACUUAUUAUA